AUGGAUGCCAAGCUUAAAGAGGACCUUUUCCGGAGGUAUGUGGCCGCAUUGGAGAAACGUCUUAACAACGGGUAUGAAAAUGCAGGCGUGGGCGCUGUGCCAGGCGGGGACAGUGCCAAACAUAAGGACAGUGAAGCUCUUCUCUCAACAGCGACCGCUCUGUUAGGGGCGUAUCAGCCCGAUCCAGGACAACGCUUCCGCAUGGUGCGCUUUUAUGAAGUGAUGGAGAGCUCCCUGCGAUACCACCGAGGAGCCACCCUCCGCAGCCUGGAGAGGGCCUUUCACACCCUGGAAACCAUCUGCACCAACCUCCUGCUCUUCCCCUGGAAGAAGGAGUUCAGGUGUAUCAAGACGUUUACUGGCCCGUAUGUGUACCAUCUGCAGUCUGCCAUCACUGAUGCUGAGCUGCGCUCACUAAUGUGCACUAUUGGCUACUCCUGUGACCGUGAAUCACAGUUCCAUUUGCAAGAGCACCCUGGAGGUGCAAAUCACCUCCGUCAGCUGGCGUUCGAGCUGUUUCUGGCGCAGGCUGAGUGUCGGCUGCUGAGCGAGGUGGUGGCGCUGGCGCGCGGCGCGGCCUCAGAGAUGGAUGCGCUGGAGCAGCGCAGAGGCUGCAGGGACGAUGCGGCAGGCUGUGCCGAGGCUCUGCGCCGGCGGGAUAGUCUUGGGGCAGACAUGGCCCGACUCUCUGUGCGGCCGCUGGAUAUCGAGAGGCCCCACACACACCACCUGAGGCGCGGCAGCAGACCCUCCAAGUCUGUGGACGUCACCGAUGGAGCUGGACACUGGCACCCGGCCGUCAGCAAACCGGUGCUCAAGGCCUCGCUGAGCCUGAGGAAGGAGCCGCUGUUUGUGGACGCAGAGGAGGAUCUGAAGGACGAGAUCCUGCGCCCCAAUAACUCCGGUUCACUGUUCUCUGUGAUCGCACCGCCCUCCUACAGCCCUGAAGCCGACUUCUACCCUAUCCAGACGCCAUCUCCAGCAGACCCCUACUCUUCUUACCACCUGUCCUCCUUGGAUGAGAUUGACUUGUACACGGAACGGGGCACAGGUACGGGCGGCAGGCAGACCCCGUCCAGACCCCCUUCUCGAGACGCUCGUGACGGCUGGCUGCAUAAGGCCCAUAGUAACGUGAAGUGCCACGGCUGCGGCCUGGGCUGCUCCACCAUGGCGUCCUGCCAGAGGUGUGACAUGAUCCUGUGUGGGGCCUGCCAUGACGUGGAUCCGUCCCCCUGCUGUGGGCUGCAGGAGUACCACACUAAGUCCCCCCGGACCCUGGACGGAUACAUCCCAGUGAAGGACAAGCUCUCUGUCUAUUCCAACACUCACUCCCACCUGCACCCACACCCCCUCACCCUGACUCACUCCCACCCACACCCCCAUCCACAGAUGGUGGACAAGCCCCUGAUGUCCACCAAGCUGUUUCCCUCCAAGUCUGUGAGUCAGCUGACAACGUCCAAGGGGGGCAGUGACCGCCUGGGCCUGGGGGGCUCGCGCUGUGGCUUCUGUAAUAAGCCUGGAGCUUCGCACACCUGUGUCAACUGCUCCAAAGUCUCCUGUGACUCCUGCAUGGGCCUUUACGCUAAGGAUCUGUGCACACGCAAAAACCCCCAGCACAGCUUUGUGCCCAACCAUCAGCUCAACUUCAAGUCUGGAACCAUAUCUCACCUGGUUUACCGAUGA